AUGAUCGAGCUGAAGAGGUUCGCCAUCAAGCAAUGCUCGCACGAAGAAGAAGACUACGAAAAUGAAAGUGCCGGUCUUACCAAAAAUUUGGAUUUGUUCGAUGAAGUUGACAGCUGGAACGACGAAGAAAUGGCGGAUCUGGACAAUGACUAUGGCAAGACUACUGGAUCGUGCAGAGUAUCAAAGCCAACGCACUGGCUCAUAGACGUAGCAUUCCACGAUGAGCAAGCAGUCAAAAGAUCGCGCCAACUCACGACGGAGUCGAUCCAUACCGAGAAAUCUGGGAUCGAUGGAAAGCAGGAAACAAGAACAGCCUGGCUUGCGCAAUGCUCGAGAGAGCAACAAACGUUCUGGUGUGUCGACGCGUUCACCAUGCAAUUGUAUGUGCUCAAAGCCUACUGGAGAAAGCUUGUCGUUCUGAAUAUCGCGCAGGGACGCAUCUUGCUGCGUUCUUUCCAACCAGGCACGUAUCGCAUUCGCUUUCUGAUCCAGUUGUUCGACCCAAGCGCACACGAGGAAGUUACGAGGGAGAAGAAUCCGUGGAAGUUCCCAAAAAGGAAUAAUACCGUUCAAUAUCCUGCGAGCGCCGUCGGUCUGACGCUGAGCUUCGGCAACCCUAAAUCUGGGGCGAAGGAGGAAUCAGUCGACAUGGACAUUAGCGAUGAUGCUCAACAGCUUCUAGCAGGCAGGUCACUUUAUUCGGAACUUUUCGACGGCACCGAAGCUGCGAUGUCGUUUUCUCUACCGGAGCAUUCCUUAGCUAGUUCGGGACCUGCUAUUCGUGUGCAGCGCGAAAAACACUGGACAAAAUAUCGCGAAGCGGGCUGGAUUGCGCUCCAGUCUCACCAAUUCGAGAUUCCAGGAGGCUGCGUGGACAAGCUCGUGAACGUAUUCUGA